GAUGGCGGCGGCGGCGGCGGCGGCGACUCCUCCCGGUCCCGCCGCGGGGCCGCGCCGCUUCUCGCUGCUGGCGAUCGUGGGCGGCGGCUGCCACCGGCCCGGGCUGCUGGCGGCCGCGCUGCAGCAGCUGGAGCGAGGCAUCCGCUCCUGGGACAUCGACCUCACCUCCUGCAACCUGGAUGAGCAGCUGAAGCUCUUCGUCUCCCGCCACUCCGCCACCUUUUCCAGCAUUGUCAAAGGUCAGCGGACCCUGCAUCACCGCGGCGAUGUGCUGGAGACCCUGGUGCUGCUCAACCCCUCCGACAAAUCCCUGUGUGACGAGCUGCGCAACCUCAUCACGGAUGUGUCGCAGCACAAGCUGCUGGUGUUUGCGGGGCCCUGCGUGGAGGAGACGGGCGAGCUGAUGCUGCAGACUGGCUGCUUCUCGCUGCGGGACUUCAUCCAGAUCUUCACUGACAAGGAGGUCGGGGAGAUCCUGAGCUCCGCGGAUCCCUCAGCCAAGGCCAGGCUGACCAUCAGCUGCCCCGACUUCGGGGAGUGGAAGGACUCGGGCUUGGACCAUCACAACCUGCAGGACUUCAUUGAGCUGCGCUACAACCCCGGCUGCAUCCUGCCCGAGAUGGAGGGGCUGGAGGAGUUCAUGGAGUACCUCUCGGAGUCGUUGGAGCCCCAGUCCCCCUUCGACCUCCUGGAGCCCCCCACCAUGGUGGGUUUCCUCAAGCUCUCCAAGCCCUGCUGCUACAUCUUCCCGGGUGGGAGAGGGGACUCCGCUUUCUUCGCCGUUAACGGCUUCAACGUGCUGGUGAACGGCGGCUCCAACCCCAAAUCGUCCUUCUGGAAGCUGGUGCGGCACCUGGACCGCAUCGACUCCAUCCUGGUGACGCACGCGGGCACCGACAGCCUGCCUGGCAUCAACAGCCUGCUGCAGAGGAAACUGGCCGAGCUGGAGGAGGAACCAGCCUCGCAGGGUUCGCAGGGCAACGGCGACUGGGCCCGCAACCUCAUCUCCCCAGAGCUGGGCGUCGUGUUCCUCAACGCCUCCGAGAAGCUGAAGGCCAUCGAGGGCAACUCAAGGGUGCUGAAGAGCUGCGACGAGGCGGCGCUGACGCUGCACUAUUUGGAGAAGUUGGGCAUCCGCCCCAACCCGCUGGCACGGGAUUGCAGCCCCCGCGUGGAGCCCACCGUCCUGUUCCAGAAGAUGGGAGUGGGACGGUUGGACAUGUAUGUGCUGAACCCGGUGCGGGGCACCAAGGAGCUGGAGUUCCUCCUGCAGCAUUGGUCUGGGGAUGGCUACCCUGAGGAGCAGGAGCUGCCGCUGCAGUGCCUGACCUCGGUGUGCGCCCUGCUGGUCUGGCACCCCGUCAGCCCCGCCGAAAAGAUCAUCCGUGUCCUCUUCCCCGGCUGCACGCCCCAGGCGCGCAUCAUGGAAGGGCUGGAGAAGGUGAAGCACCUGGAGUUCCUCAAGCAGCCCGUGGUCACCAAGAAUGACCUGAAGGGCCUUCAAGCUGACAAGCAGCUGAAGCAGAGGAGGACGGAGAGCAAGGAGAGUUUGGCGUCUGCCUCCAAGCUCAGCUUGGUGGAGGCUGGGGUACCCAAAGAGAAGGCUCUGAAAACGGUGGAGAGGAAGGAAGUGAAGGUGGGGACCAAGGAGAAGCCAAAGGCACUGGGGGAGGUGGCCAGAGCAGGGUCAGAGGAGGAGAAGGCCAAACUUGCCAAGCCGGACUCCUCUGCGGAGAAGCUGAAGGCAGAGGCGAAGCCAAAGGUGAGCAAGGAGAAGGCAAUGCCCAGGAAGGAACCUGUGCCCCGCAAGGAGGAGAAGAAACCACUGAAGAAGGAGGAGAGCACCGAAGGGAAGCUGGAACCAAAGAAGGAGCUGAAGGCUGUGAAGAAGGACGUGAAGGCGGAGACGCUGCGGAAGGACACAAAGGACACCAAGGCUGAGCCCAAGGCUGCUGCAAAGCCCCCAGCACGGAAAACGCCGGUGCCUGACGCCCGCAAACCGCUGGCCAAGGCUGGCAGCAUCAAGAAAGCCACCCUGAAGAAGGAGCCAGAGAAACCCAAGGCCAAAGGCGGCAAGGAGCUGGGCAGCAAGAGGGAGCCGGGGCCAACAGAGGGCUCCAAGCCUUCCUCCCCUGAAGACAUGGUGCUGGAUGCUGAGGGGAGGAGGAGGAAGGAGGAGUCACCGGAUGAAGGCAUCACCACGGCUGAGAGCGAGCUGGAGCCAUCGCCGCUGGAGAACGGAGGCGCCGCGAGGGGGUCGGAGCCGAGCUGUGUGGAGAACGGCACAGAGGAGCCCGAGAGCCCCCAGCGCUUCCGCUACCCCGAGGGCAGCCCCUGGAAGGCCGUCGGCCCCCCGUCGCCAUUGGCAAAGACCCCCAGGAGCGAGCGCAGCGUCAAUUUUGACCUGACGCCCACCGGGCUGCUGCCUCCCGGCCCCGAGGGUAGCGAGGACCCAUGUGGCAGCUCCGAGGAGAAGACCCUGGAGAUGAUGUCCCCGGGCAGCUCGGGGCCCGCCAGCGCCGGGCACACUCCGUUCCAUCAGUCGCCGGUGGAGGACGGCGGUGAGGAUCCUGGUGCCAACGCUCAGCCCAACCCCUGGGCGCCUAACAGAGCCCCGCAGGACGGCAGUGAGAAGCAGGCAGGCUGCCUGUCCCUCAGCCCCUUCAAGGACGACGUCCCCGACGUGUCCCCCACCGUCACCACCCCCUCGCUGCCGGCCGAGGUCGGCUCCCCUCACUCCACAGAGGUGGACGAGUCGCUGUCGGUGUCUUUUGAGCAGGUGCUGCCGCCGGUCAGCGAGUCCCCGCAGGAGGAGAGCGUGCGGCCCCGCGCCACGCCGGAGCCCGACCCUGCCAAGGGGGGGGGGCUGUCGCUGCCACUACGGCCCUGCCACCACCCGCAUCCCCCCCCUGCUCCACGCCACGGCCGCCGCUCCGAUUCGCCCCACGACGUGGACCUGUGCCUGGUGUCCCCCUGUGAGUUCGAGCACCCCAAAGCCGGCCGCUCGCCCGCCCUCAGCCCCCGCGACCUGUCGGACAGCGAUCCCUCGCAGGAGCUGCAGCCCCCAGCCCUGCACCGCGGCGGCCCCCCCCCGCAGCCCGUGGGCGAGACGCCCCCCACCUCGGUCAGCGAGUCGCUGCCCACCCUCUCCGACUCCGACGUGCCCCCCGCCACCGAGGACUGCCCCUCUCUGCUGGCCGACGGGCUGGAGUCGGAUGAGGACUCAGAACAGCCUCACCGUGGCCCCCCCAGGGCCCGCGACCCGCUGCCGGCCCCUAUGAAGGACCCCUGCCCCCUCCCCGCCCAGCCCGGUAUCUGCAUGGUGGACCCCGAGGCGCUGCCCAAGAAGGAGCCCCUCCUCGGCAAGGCCAAGCGCACCCCAUCCCGUGUGGGCACAGCGCCUGCCGCCCCCAAACCCGACGCCCCUAAAGCCGCCAGCCUGGCCCCCAAGGGCAGGGGUCCCACUGGGGACAAGACCCGCCUGCCCCCCGGGGACAAGAAAGCCCCCCCCAGUGGCACAGGGACCAUGCGCAGCGCUGGAGCCAGAACAGCAGCGGGAGCCGGACGGGCAUCCCCAGCAGGCUCCCGGGCUGCAGCCCCCCAGGGCCCCCCGGUGUACGUGGACCUGGCGUAUCUGCCCGGCUCGUGGAGCGCCCGCACGGUGGAUGAGGAAUUCUUCCGCCGCGUCCGCUCCCUGUGCUACGUGGUGAGCGGCGACGACCACCUGAAGGAGGGGGUCCUGAGGCCCAUCCUGGAUGCGCUGCUGGCCGGCAAGCACCAGUGGGGCAUCGACACUCAGGUGACGCUGAUCCCCACCUUCGAUUCGCUGGUGAUGCACGAGUGGUACCAGGAGACCCACGAGAGGCAGCAGGAGUUGGGCAUCACGGUGCUGGGCAGCAACAGCACGGUGGCCAUGCAGGAUGAAACCUUCCCCGCCUGCAAGGUGGAGUUCUGAGCAAGGGGGGGAGGGGGGGGGGUCACGGUGGGCUUCAUCCCCACCCUCCUCCUCCUCCUCCUCCUCUGCUCACCUCCCUCGCCCUUUCCCUCCCUGCAUGGUGACCGUGAGCCGCUGUGUGUUGGAGGGAAAGGAGUGGGGAGAGAUGCUGGAGGGAGGGGGGUCCUGCCCUCCUCCCACCCUCCUCCCCCCCCCUCUCCCCCCCAUCCUGGCUGGGGGUCCGGGGGUCCCACAGCACCCACACAAUGCCACACGCUGCCACUCUGCACCCGGGGACAGGGGUCCGGGUGUGGAGCUCGAGCCACGCUCAGUCAAACAGGGUAGAAUGUUUUUUUUGUCUUUUGCUGUUCCUAUUUCCCCCCCCCCCCCCCAAACGCCCCCCACCCUGAGAAGCCACUACUGCCCCCCACCCCGGGGGCUGCUGAGGGAACUGAGCCCCUUCUAAGCACCCCAUAGCUGCCCUAUGGCUGUGGGGCUGCGUCGGCUGCCCCUAUGGCACUACAGCACAGCUUUAUCACCGUCCCCUGUGUCCACGCUGCCACACGCUGCAGAGAGGGGUUCGGGGGGGGGUGGGAGUGUGGGAGGGGGGGGCAGGGGCUUGGCUGCACCGUCCUCACCCCCACCCAUGGCAUGAAGGACAAAUCCCACCCCCCACCCCGAGUCUGUGUCCCCUCAUUGUGUCACCUCUUGUCCCCAUGCAGCGUGGGCUGAGCACUGGCAGCUCAUGGCACUGGUGGCACAUCCCUGCCUGCAGCGGGGCUGGGGGGGGGGCAGAAUCAUCCCCUCUCCCCCCCGUGUCCCUGCAGUGCUGGAAGGCUUUGAAGGAACCCAACGCCACGAGUGGUUGUUAAGGGGAUUUGGGGGGAGAUCUUGGGCUCCGAUGGGGGGAUCAGAAUGUGUGCUCACCCCCCCCCCCCCACCUCCCACUCGCCCCACACGGGGGCAAACACUAACCUGGGGUGGGGGCUGGGGGGGGGGGCUCCUCCAUGGUUCUUUUUGUAAUGACUUUUUAAGAAAAAAAAAUGGAAAAAAAAAAAAAAAGAAAAAAAAAAAGGAAUGGGAAACAAACAAA